CUCAACACCUCAUCCAAUGUGUCUACUAAAUUUCCGGACAUGAUCAUACAAGUUGAUGAAGAGUGGAAAUUUUCCGCCUUUGCAGUUUGCCCCACUCAACGCUUCGCCCAUCAUCCUCUUCCAAACCCCUUCUUAAGACUCUCUCCCUCUUCCCUUCCGUUCUCCUUGCUCUUCCAACAAAAUUUCGUCUUUUCAUUUGCAGAAUCACAUCCUUCACGAUGGCGAGGUCGAUAGCUCCCCUGUUUCUGCUGGUCCUCCUGUUCUGGGGCCAGUUCUUCCAUGUCCAUGCCGCUCGGUUAAAUUCCCUCGUCUUCCCCCUCUCACAUUCUCUCUCUCGUUCUCAAAAUGCGAACUUUACCAUCCUCCAGCACCUCAAGGAGUUGUCUCUCCACUCCGCAGUACGCCGCCAUAACCACCGACACCCCCCGGAGCGCCGCCGGCAACAGGUGUCCCUCCCUUUGUCCCCAGGCAGCGACUACACGCUCAGUGUGUCCGUCGGCGCGCCAUCCGCCCCCACCACCGUCGCACUGUACAUGGACACGGGAAGCGAUAUUGUCUGGUUUCCCUGCUCCCCCUUUGAGUGCAUGCUCUGCGAGGGCAAGCCGUCGUACCCUCCGCUCCACCCCCCGCUGCCCCCGCCACCGGCGUCCCGCCAGGUCGCCUGCGGAUCCGCCGCCUGCUCCGCCGUCCACUCGGGGCUCCCGGCGUCUGAUCUCUGCGCCAUCGCCGCAUGUACUCUGGACGAUAUCGAGACGGACUCCUGCUCCGCCCCGUGCCCCCGCUUCUACUACGCCUACGGCGACGGGAGCCUCGUCGCCCGCCUCCGCUGCGGUCCCCUCGCCCUCCACGGCUCCGCCGCUCCCUCCGCCGCGGCGCUCCGCUUGCAGAACUUCACCUUUGCGUGUGCGCACUCCGCGCUGGCGGAGCCCGUCGGCGUAGCGGGCUUCGGCCGCGGCCCGCUUUCUCUGCCUGCCCAGCUAGCGGCUCUUUCGCCCUCCCUCGCCGCCCGCUUCUCCUACUGCCUCGUCUCACACUCCUUCAAGCAAGACCGCCUUCUCCGGCCUAGCCCGCUCAUCCUUGGCCGAACCGAGCCGAAGCCAUCCGCACCGGACAAAUAUCCGCCCUUCGUCUACACCCCGCUCCUCCACAACCCCAAACACCCCUACUUCUACUCCGUCGGCCUCGAGUCUCUGUCGGUCGGGCCGAACCGGAUUCGGGCGCCUUCCGAAUUGAGGGGCGUCGACCGGAAAGGAAACGGCGGGAUGGUGGUCGAUUCGGGCACCACCUUCACAAUGCUUCCGGCGGAGACCUACACGAGCUUGGCGUACGAAUUCGACCAGCAGAUGAGCCGAGCGGGAUUCCAGCGAACCGCAGACACGGAGGAGCGCACCGGGUUGCGGCCAUGCUACUUCUUCGAGGAUCGGAAGGCAGACCAGCGGAGCGUCCCGGGGCUAGCGCUCCACUUCGCGGGGAACGCGAGCGUGGCGCUGCCGCGGCGAAACUACUUCAUGGGGUUCGAGAGCGGCAGACAUCGGGUGGGAUGCCUGAUGGUGAUGAGCGGCGCGGAGGCGGCCGCGGAGGAGGAGUAUGGGGGGCCGGCGGGGACGCUGGGCAACUUCCAGCAGCAGGGUUUCGAGGUGGUGUACGAUCUGGAGAAGAAGCGAGUGGGGUUCGCGCGACGCCGCUGUGCAACGCUGUGGGAGGAGAUGACACGUGCCUGAACGACGCGUCCGCACGUGUGGGAUUUGACUGGUGAGCAAUUACAGCGAGGCGAGGAGGUGUGGCGCACGUGCGGGGCAUGGGCGAAGACAAGUCUUUUUUGUCUCACAAGUCCUAAAUAUGGCCUAGAAAGUUCGGGAUAUUUAACGCUGUAAAUGUAUGUAAAUAAUAAAAAUGUCGAUGCCCAUCUAUCUCCUAAAUCACAAUAUUCGUGGCAAAUGCUUUAAUCA